ACUUCAUCAAAGACUGGUCACUCUACAGUAGGUGUCUACAGACAUUCUACUUUCCAGAAGAUCACACUGGAGAGAUGAUAGCGCAAAGUCUAAAGGAAGCGCUUCAGUCAUGGGGAUUGCGAGAGGAGCCACAGAUAAUGCCACAAACAACAUCAGAGCGCUGCAACUAAAUGACUGGACGAGGUUACAGUGUUUUGGCCACCGUCUUCAUUUAGCAAUCGAGAGAGGUGUGAAGGUGCCCCAGGUUGAUCGUGCAUUUGAGGUCUGCAAGAAAUUCGUAAGUGCUUUCUCAAACACCUGGAAAAGACAGCGUGAACUGGCUAACGCUCAGACACAGCUAGGCUUGCCUGCUCAUAAACUCAUCACAGAGACUCCGACAAGAUGGGCCUCCAAGCAAAAAAUGAUCGAAAGGGUCUUAGAGCAGGAGAAAGCUCUAACACAAGUCCUGCAAGCUGACAAAAAGACCAGACAUUUAGCUCUAACAUGGCAGGAUGUUGAUGUUCUCGAAUCCGUGAACAAAGCAUUAAGCCCUCUUGUGGAGUUCACUGAUGCCUUAUCUGGGGAACAAUACGUUAGUGUUUCAUACUUGAAACCUGUGCUUCAUCUUUUCAGUGAGCAGGUUCUUAAGCCACAGGAUGAUGAUACCCAGCUAACCAAGGGCAUCAAAAAGAGCAUUCUUGACUAUCUGAAUGAGAAAUAUGCAGAGCAAUCAACCCAGGAGCUGCCUGACAUGGCAUCCCUUCUCGAUCCUCGCUUUAAAACCACAUACAUACAAGCGGAGAGAGUCGACAACAUGAAGGUAAAAGCAGCAGCAGAGAUGGAGAGUCUUGCAGCUAAACAAUCAAAGUCUGCUGAGAGAGUCUCUGUGCCACAAGUCGAAGCUGCUGAGGAGUCAGAGGUUCCUGCUAAGAAACAGAAGAAGAGUUUGGGCAGCUUCUUCAAAAUCACAUCACGUAAACGGCAAGAUUUUCCUCAGUCAGAGAGAGUCCAUUGA